UUUUAUUUUGGUCUGACGAUGUGACGUCAUAAGCGUGCGCCGCUGUCCUGCAUCUGUUGUUAUUCGGCUGAUGAAAGAAAAACUCCUGGUGAAGCAAGAUCCAUGUGACACUAUUAUAAAGAUGGCGCUUAUUAAAGAGGAGACUGAAGACGUGAAGAUUGAAGAAACAUUCAGAGUGAAAGAAGAAGAUACUGAGGAACAAACAGACCUAUUGCCACUGAAACAGGAGAGUCAAGAACUGAAUGUAAUGGAAGAGGAAGAUCAUGAUUUCAUAACUGGAGAAAAAUCUUUUAAUUUCCCACAGACUGAAAAGACUGACAGGCAUGUAAUUAUUCACUCUGAAGAGAAGCCUUUCAAAUGUAAACAGUGUGAAAGGAGUUUCCGAUUCAAUAAAUACCUUAAGAAUCACAUGAGAAUGCAUACUAAAGUGAAGCCUUUCACAUGCCAUCACUGUGGAAAGGGUUUCUGUCACAAAGCAAGUUUCAAGAAUCAUGCAAGAGUUCACACUGGAGAGAAGCCUUACACAUGCCCUCAGUGUGGAAUGAAUUUCUCAUAUAAACCAACUCUUAAUGCCCACAUGAAAAGUCACACGGGAGAGAGUCCUUACGUCUGCAAACUGUGUGGGAAGAGCUUCUCACAAAAAGGAAAUCUUAAGUAUCACAUGCGAACACACACUGGGGAGAAGCCUUUCACGUGCACUCACUGUGGGAAGAGUUUCAGUCAUAAAGUAAGCCUCAAGUCUCACAUGAGAAUUCACACUGGAGAGAAGCCUUACACCUGCACCCACUGCGAAAUGAAUUUUACAUAUAGAGAAUCCCUUGAUAUCCACAUGAGAGGUCACACCGGAGAGAACCCUUACAUCUGCAAACAGUGUGGGAAGAGCUUCUCACAAAAAGGAAAUCUUAAGUAUCACAUGAGAAUUCACACCGGAGAGAAGCCGUUCACAUGUGGUCAGUGUGGAAAGAGUUUCAGACAUAAAGUGACCCUUAAUAAGCACAUGAGGAUUCACUCAAGAGAGGACUCUUUUAAAUGCAAUCGGUGUGGAAGUAGUUUCACAGACAGCAAUCACCUUAAGAAUCAUGUCGUAAUUCACAUCGGAGAGAAGCCUUUCAUGUGCGAUCUCUGUGGAAAGGGUUUCACUCUUAAAGGAAACCUUAAGACUCACAUGAGGAUUCACACUGGAGAGAAGCCUUAUGUGUGCCAUCACUGUGGAAAGCGUUUCAGAUUUAGAGGAAAUCUUGAUACUCACAUGAAACUUCACACUAGAGACGGUCGUUUCACGUGUCUUCACUGUAAAAAGAGAUUUGCGUGUCAAAGAGAUCUGAAACAUCAUUUGCAAACUCAUUCAGAAAAGAAACUGCAAUGUGGCAAGAAGUUUAGAAAAAAGAGCAUUUUCAACAAUCACCUGAUCAUUCACUCUGGAAAAAGGCGAUUUAAUUGCGAUAGGUGUAACAAAAAAUUUGUUUUGCCAUCACACUUACAAAUACACCUGAAAAGUCAUGCAGAUGUCAGACCCUAUUUGUGUUCUUUGUGUGGAAAGAGAUUCAAAUGGCUCAGAAGUUUAAAAUGCCACCAGAAAAUACGCACUUGUGUGAAAUCCAGGCUACUUUCAUACCACAAAUGAAUGUGGACAAGAUGAUUAUCUGCUUUUUCUCUCUUUUUUUUAAAAUCACAUUUAACAUAAAUAUGUACAUUGAAUCGCAGAGUGUAGGAAACAGAUAAACAAAACUUUUAUAAUUUAAAAAAUUUAUUGGAUUCAUUUGUAUUGAUAUUUUGUGCAAGUGAGCAUAACUAAUGUCAAUAAAACUUGACAACA